AUGCGUAGCGAAGAGCCUAGCGCAUCGUCUUCUGUUGUGCGUGGCCUGAACUCGUCCAGGUCGACGGAGCGCAUCAACCAGAUCGAUCAAGUACGAGCCUAUAGGAUUGGAGAUGUUGUUUCUCUACCCCAGCUGGUAGUCUGCGGCGACCAGUCGGCCGGCAAGAGCUCGGUCUUGGAGAGCGUCACUAACAUCCCGUUCCCAAGGAAGAGUGGACUUUGUACGAGGUUCCCUACUGAAAUCAUCCUUCGGCACAACUCCACGGCUACGCGUAUUAUGGCCACUAUUCACCCUCACGCCUCCAGACCACAGGAAAAGAGAGAUGCCCUUCUACAAUACCGCCGCGUGCUAGCAGAUAUAUCGGAACUCCCUGAUGUUAUUGAGCAGGUGUCCGCAUUGAUGGAGAUCCGUGGGUAUGCGGACCAUAGUCUCGGGAACGCGUUUGCGUCUGAUGUCUUGCGGAUUGAAUUUGUGGGCCAGACAAACCUCAAUCUGACCAUCGUCGAUCUACCUGGACUGAUCUCUGUGGCAAACGAAGAGCAAACCGAAGAAGAUAUCCAGCUGGUCAAAGAUAUGGUCAAAGGCUAUGUUCAAAGUUCUCGCACGAUUGUGCUAGCAGUGGUGCAAGCCACCAACGACAUCGCCAACCAGGUUAUCAUCCAGCUUGCGCGACAUUACGACCCGGAAGCGAGGCCAGCUUGGCGCAGCUUGCGAACAAUCAGGCCAACAUCAAGCUCAAACUUGGCUUUUUCCUCUUUAAAAAACCCGAAGCCGUCCGAGAUUGAAGAGGGUAUCAAACCUGAGCAGCGGUCACAGAGGGAGCUGAGAUUAUUUUCGGAGCCCGUUUGGAAGCAGCAUCUCGAUAUGAGUCGUGUAGGGGCCGAGAAUCUGAAGCUGUUUCUGCAGGACCUCCUGGACGCCCACAUCGAGAAGGAAAUGCCCCAGGUGGUUGAAGAUAUUCGGAAGGUCCUGCACACCACAGAGGAGAGCUUGACGCGACUUGGCCAAGCCCGUCCCACGGUCGGGCAUAUCCGCAUUUUUCUAACGCAAGUUAGCACCAGUUUUGUCCAGAUGGUCCAAGCGGCCUUGGAUGGCAACUAUCAUGGACCAUACUACGAGUCUUUCGAUCACGUUGAAGAUUCGCGGUUGCGCGCCGUGGUCCACAAGACCAAUGGCAAAUUCGCUACCGACAUCCGUACCCAUGGCAAAAAAAGGGUUUUGAGGCCGGUAGAGUCAGAGAUCGACUGGACUCUGGAUGAAAAUUCAAUUAAGGAAAACAACGAGAAAGAGCUUUUCGUAACCCAAGAGGAAAUGAAAAACUGGGUCAAAAAGGUAUGUCCAUAUAUGGUUGUUGAAUCGGGUACGACUGACAUGGUACAGGUGUAUUUGCGCACACGGGGUCGUGAGCUUCCAGGGAACUACAAUCAUGUCCUGCUAGCCGAGCUAUUCUUGGAACAAUCCUCUCGUUGGCUCCCCAUUGCCACAGCCCACGUGGAAAGCAUCAUCGCGAUCGUCACCGGGUGGCUGCAGCAUGCCACUCGAGUGGUUCUACCCGAGGACUGA